AUGAGACGUUCCAUGACACCAGAAGAGCUCCGGCAGCGAAGCGAAACGUGCCGUCGGGAGCGGCAGCAUCUCCUUCGUUACGCCAUCUGGAACAGCAGGCGAAUACGGGAAGCGCAGGAGAAAGAGAACGAAGGGCAGGCUGUCGCGGCUGGCAGCGCCGCAAAUUCAUCAAAACAGGAUGAUAAAGAAAAGCCUAAGCGGCUGGCGCUGCAGCCGAUUCAGAACACUUCCGAAAAUUCGCGAUUAGCAGACUCUUGUGGUAACGCAAACUGCAGAACCGACGAAGACGCCGACGACACUUCGAGCGAAUCCAGUGACACCAGCGCAUCAGACCCGGACAGCGACAACUCGGAGAACCUGUCGGAUAGGGUCUCCAAACUCGACCGCUCGGAGUACCACCCCCUACUGAAGAAAUUGAACACAGAAAGGUUGUCAGAAGCCGAAAUGGAUAGCGAUUCCAGCAGCGACGAGUCCGACGACAACUGGUCGGACUGUGAAGAUUUGGACGAGGGUGAUUGUUCAUGUUGCGUCAUAACAACUCGGCGUGCUUCUGGAGACUCCAACGAAGAUCUAACAGCAUGUUUCCAGGUAAGCUGUAAACUAGUUUGA